AUGACCUCAAUUUGCGAUACAUGUGGCCAGGAAUUCAAGAGUCGUGGACUUGCAGCUCACCAAAAAGCCUGCAGGAGGGACACUAUACAGAUGCAGGAAGAUUGCGAGAGACAGAAUGCUCAAGCAGGUCCUGCUGCUUGCAAACCUACUUUUGACAAUGCAGAGUAUGUACAUCCUGAUGAACUUGAAGGUCAGUCAUCAUAUUAUUAUGGAGGUCUAUCAUACGAUCUUCCUCCUGCACUCCAGCAGGAUGAUAUCAGGAUGGAAUAUCAUCCACAUAGUGGAAUCCCUAUGAAAACUGAUCACUUCACUGAUUUUCACUGCCACACUGCUGCUCCCUCGCUCAUAUGCGAAAAUACUACUCCCUGGGAACUGUUUACCUCUUGUAUCAACUUUGACUUCACUGAAUUAGUUCUGAAAGCCAACCUCACAAAACUGCAGAUAAAUGAACUCAUCAGUCUCAUCCAUCACAGUGCUCUCGAAAGAUUCUCAGUCACUGAUUAUGAUGGCAUCUGUAAGCUGUGGGAUGCAGCAUCUUCUCACCACACCAAAUUCAAAAAGGAAGUGAUUUUGAUCCCUCAUAGGGACCAGGAGCAUGAUUUUGAUGUUUGGUAUAGGCCACUCUGGGAUUGGGCCUGUGACUUGUUGAAAGACCCUUGCCUUGCUAAUGCUUCUGGAAUAGUCAAGUAUUCAUCCUUACCAAAGGAUGAAGGAAAACCCUUUGCUUUUAUUAUAUAUGCUAACAAGGCAAAACUGUCCUCGUUUGGUCAUCAAAAGGCCUAUCCUGUCAUUGCACAAUGUGCAAAUUUGCCUGUUGGAAUAUGCAAUGGUGAAGGUUUUAGUGGUGGUCACCUUGUCGAAGAAGAUAGACAGUAUUCUGGAACUCAGUCGUUCGUCAAUUUCAAGAAUGUCAUGUGGCACAAAUCAUUUAAGUGCCUUCUCAAAUCCCUCACACCACUAUCAAAAACAGGUUUUUGGGUCAAGUGUUGGGAUGCUGACUACAAGGAACAGCCUCUGGGACAUAGAUUCUCAUUUGACCACUUACAUUUUCAGGAAUGUGUUAAGUCAAUUGGUUGGCAGACACAGUCUCAAAUCGAUGUACACUUUGACUCAAUGCCCCAUUGGCACAACAUCAAUCAUUUUAAUCAUGUCAUGGACAUAUCAUUUUCUGACGGCUUAAAGUACGAAGAUAUUUCUAAACUUAUCAUAUUUUCCGCACAUGAUGUCAUUGACCGAGCCACUCAUGCACUCCCUUAUCUGCUCCUUCGAUGCAUCUGUGAAUACGUCAACAUUGACAUGUAUGCCACUCUUGAAGUGCACACAUCAGAAACUAUUGCUGUGGGCCGUCAGGCCAUAAAGGAGUUCACACAACUAUUGGAUCAAUAUAGCACAAAGGAUGACUCAGGAAAGAAUUGGGCGUACCCAAAAUGGCACGCACAUGCCCACCUGUUUGACAAUAUCAAAGUGAAGGGUGCUACACAUAACACCAACACCAAACCAAAUGAGAAGUGCCAUGGCCCAAUCAGACAGAUUUAUCUUCAGCGGACGAACUUCAAAAACAUUGCUGAACAGGUACUUCACCUUGACCAUCGCUUCCUCAUCGCACAUUCAAUUCAUUUGGACAUCAAGGACUACAAUGACCUCAUUACAUCUCAAAAUGACCCUUUGUGCUCGGACAGUGAGGACAAUGAACGCCCCAACAAUGAUUCUGACGCCACAUUGCAUAUUAAGUUGGGUGCCGCGCAAAAAGAGCAGACAUUUGCGACCUUAGAGCAACUGCAUGCAAAUGACAAUGCAUUCAAUCGGUUUCGCAUCAAGCUUGCAAACUUUCUGAGUGAUUCCCUCCCUGCUCAUGGAAUACCAUUACCUGGUGGAAAAUGA